AUGGUUCCCGAGGAAGGGGCUCAUCAGCGAGGCGACAGCGGCGCUGAGGACUCUGGGCCACUGCCAGAGGCGCCGCCGCAGCAGGCGGCGGGCGGCGGGACUGCGACCGGGGUGGCAGCUGACAGGAUGGAUCCAGGCGCCCCUGGUAGCGGUCGCCGGCAGCUCGCGUCGGCCGUCAAGGCCGGCGCCCAGCUGGGCACCUGGCCUGACGAGGAGGCUGUCCCCCUGGCCGCCGUGCCCUGCGACGACGGCGCCGAGGCGGCGGCGCCGUCGGGUCGCCCGCGCCGCGCCUCUGCCGGCCUGCUGCGUGUUGAGGAGGAGUAUGGGUAUGAGUCGGAGGAGGAUUCGGAGCCGGAUGCAGGCGCCAUCCCCAGCGACGGCGACAGCGAUGACGGCGGCGGCUGGCGGGGCGGCGGCGGCUGGCGGCACGCCGCGCCCGCGCGCCGCUCCAGUGGCCGGCGCCGCGCCUCGGCCGCCGCCCCGCUGGAGACGGUGACCAGCGGGCGGCCCAAGCGGCAGCGGCACAGCAGGGCAGAGGAUCCAGACAUGCUGGACACAGAGGAGGCGAUUGCGGCGGCGCUGGAGGAAGGGCUGGUGGCGCCGCCGGCGGCGCCACGCACCCGCACUCGCGCCGCGCCGCCGCCCAAAGCCCCCGCGGCGCCGCCCCUGCCGGCGCAAGGCGCGAGCGCAGGCCUGCCGCCGCUGCCGUUGCCGCUGCCGGCGCAGGAUGCCAGCGCGGCCCUGCCGCCGCUGCCGCUGCCCUUACCCCCGGCCGACGCGAGCGCGGCCCUUCCGCUGCUGCCGCUGCCGCUCCCGCUGCCGUCGGCAGCUGCGGGCGCAGCACCGCCGCUGCCACUCCCGCUGCCCACCCUGCCCAUCACGGCGCUCGCGAGCGCCGGCGAGGCCGCUCCAGCAGCAGCCGCCAAGCAGGCCGGCGCCGCGGCGGGGCCCAAGCCUGGCAGCGCCGCGCCGUGGCUAUCCCUGCCGUUUGCCGUGUCGGCCAUGCACCCCCUGGCAGCGAUGGCACAGAUGGCGGCGCUGACGGCGGCGCAAGGCACCGCAGCCAUGAUGCUGCCGCCCUCCUUCCAGGCAGCCGCCGCCUUCCAGGCAGCCGCCGCGGCGCAGGCGGCCGCACGGGGAGCUGCCGCGCCGCGGCCCAAGGCACCAGCGGCAGCGGCAGCAGCCCAGGCCAAGGCAGCAGCGGCAGCGGCAGCAGCGCAGGCCGGCGCAGCAGGCCAGCCCGCAGCCCCUGCUGCGACUGCAGUGAAGGUCGAGCCAGCAGCCGCCGCACUGCCAGCAGCAGCGCUGCCAGCAGCCGCAAGGCCGCAGCCAGCGGCGGCCGCUAUGAAGGCGGAGGGCGGCGCGGCCAGGACGGCAGCUGCCGAGAAGCCGCCACGCCCCCGCGGCGCCGCCGUGGACGUGCUGUACGGCUGUGCCAAGUGUCGGUACCUUCGGGCGGGGUGCGGCGCGUGCCGCGCCCGCGACCCCGCCUUCACCCGCCCCCGCCUGCGCUGGAAGCCGACCAAGGGGCACUACCAGACAGGCAUCGAGGCGCCGCCCACCUUCCGGCCGACUGCCGAGGAGUUCCGGGACCCCAUCGCUUACAUCUCCCGCAUCAAGCCGCAGGCAGAGAAGUACGGCGUGGCGCACAUCGUACCGCCGCCAGGUUGGGACCCUCCCUUUGCCCUGGAGCGAGGCACCAACGGUCUGAGCAUGGAGUCGUUCCGCUUUGCCGUGCGCAAGCAGUUCACCAGCCAUCUGUGCUGCCGCGCGGCGCCGCCGCCGCGCGCGCCCGACACGCCGCCGGCGCAGAGCCCCGCGCCCGCGGCGGGCGGCGGCGGCCGCAUGUUUGGCGGCAGUGGGCGCAUGGCGGCCGCGUCCCUGGGGGGCGGCGGCAGCCCCGAUGGCGGCGCUGGGGACGGCCCGCAGCAGCCACAGGCGGAGCAGCAGGCAGAGCGGCAGGCAGAGCAGCCGCAGCAGUCAGAGCAGCAGGCAGAGCAGCAGGCAGAGCAGCAGGCGGAGCAGCAGCAGCAGGCAGGCGAGGCGAUGGAGGUGGAUGUCGCUGGCGGCGAGGCCGGCGGCGCGCCGAAGCCGUCGCCGGCGCCUCAGCUUGCCGCAGACCCGCCCGCCGCGCCGCCCAAGUCGCCCUCGUCCCCGCCGCUAGAGUUUGGGUUCCCGCACCUGGAGCGCAAGCACACGCUGCGCUCCUUCUCUGCCUAUGCUGACUGGGCCAAGGAGGUCCACUUCUCAGACCCGCUGCCCACGCAGUCGAGCUCGCGCGGCGGCGGCGGCGCCGCCGCCAUGCGCGGCGCCCGCACCUCGCAGCGCCGCCCCCGCGCCCUCCCCAAUUUCUGCACCCAGCCAGAGCCCAGCAUCGAACAGAUCGAGGCGGAGUUCUGGCGAAUUGUGGAGUCUCCGGAGGAAGUGGUGGAGAGCCUGUACGGCCAGGAUGUGGACAGCGGGCACCACGGCUCGGGCUUCCCGCUGCCCCUCUGGCGCCGCCGCCUGCUGGAGCAGCACCUGGCCAGGCAGGCGGCGGCGGCGGGCGGCGGCGCGGCGCCGGAGCUGCCGGGCUAUGCGGAUGAGGAGGAGCGGCGGUACGCGGAGCACCCCUGGAACAUCAACAACAUGCCGCGCUGCGCCUCCUCCGUGCUGCGCUACCUGCCCGGCCUGCGCGGCGAGCUCAUCACGGGCGUCAUGGUGCCCUGGCUCUACGUCGGCUCCUGCCUCUCCGCCUUCUGCUGGCACGUGGAGGACCACGCCCUCUGCUCCGUCAACUACCACCACAUGGGCGCGCAGAAGAAGCGCGGCGUGCCUGUGUAUCGCGUGGUUCAUGAGCCCGGCUCCUUUGUUGUCACCAUGCCGGAUGCCUACCACGCCGGCUUCAACUGCGGCUUUAACGUGGCAGAGGCUGUCAACUUUGCGCCCCCCAGCUGGAUCCCGUACGGUACCGAUGUCACCGCCAAGUACCGCGCCAGCGGCAAGGCCCCCACCCUCAGCCACGACUCGCUCAUGACCGCCCUGGUGCAAGCCGCGGAGCACAAGCCGCCGCCGCCAGGCAGCACGACUGAGGCGGCCGAGGCGGCGGAGGCGCGGCCGGGGGUGGCGGCGGCCGAGCAGGCCGCGGCGCAGGAGCCGGCGAGCGAGGAGGCUGCGGCAGCAGAGGCGCUGGCGAGCGUGGCGGCCGCCGCGGGCCCCGGAAGCGGCCCCCAGCAGCCUUCUGCGGCGCAGCCGCAGCCGCAGCCGCAGCCGCAGCAGCCGGCGCCGCCCACGCCGGCGCGGCGGGCAGGGGUAGGCGCCGGCCCGCCAGCAGAGGCGCUGUCGCCGCUGGGCCCCGCGCCGCUGCACUGCGUGCCGCCAGAGGCGAUCGCACUGGCGGCGGGCGAGCUGGCGCUGCGGGCGGAGGAGGAGCGGCGGCGGCGCAUGGUGGCGUUUGUGGCGGUGGGGGCGAUGCCAGAGCGGCGCAUGGCGGCGGAUGCCCCGCCCGCCGCCAAGGACCGCUCGGGGCUGCACACCAACACAGCAGACUGCGACUGCGCCCAGUGCAGCUGCGACCUGUGGCUGUCGGCGGUGGUGUCGCCCGCAGCCCCGGGGGUGGUGGUGUGCCCAGAGCACGCAGAGGUGCUGGUGCGGCGGCACGGCUGCCCGCGCGACAGCCUGGUACUGCUGUACCGCCACUCCCCACAGGAGCUGGAUGAGCUGGCGGCGGCGGCGGUGCACCGUGUGCCGGGCGCCAGCGAGGCGGUGGCGGCGGCGCGGCAGCGGCGGCAGCGCAUCGAGGCCUCCCGCGUGCGCGCGGUGGCGGCAGGGCCACUGUACCCGAUGCUGGGGCCGGGGCUGCCGGCGGGCGCGCUGCCGGUGCCUCGCGACGGCGGCGACUGCUGCUCGUCGUCAGAUGAGGAGGAGGAAGGCAGCGACGACGAUUGGGAGAGGGAGCGGCGCCAGCGGCGCCGCCGCGCCGCCGGCACGCGGCGGCGCAGCGGCGGCGGCACCAAGCGGGCGGCCGCCUCGCGGAUGGGACGCAUGGAGGGGACGGGGAGGGGGGAUGGUGCCAGCAAGCGUGCGCGCAUGGGCACCGCAGGCCCCGACGCCGCGCAGGCCGCGGCACCGGCGCUGACGCCUGCCGACAUUGCGGCCAUGUUUGCGCACGCCCAGGCAGCGCCCAGGCCCGAGGCGCAUGCGGCAGCGCAUGCGCAGGCCGAGGUGGCGCCCGCGGCCCCUGCUGCGCCCCAGCCAGCAGCGGGCGCGCCAGCCCUGGCAGCGGGUGCGCAGGGGCUGGCGGCGCCCGAGCCGGCGGCGGCGGCGGAAUGCCAGGCGGUGGAGGCGGCAGGGCCCAGGUUGGGAGCCGCCGGCCCGGCAGCAGCAGGCGUGGAGGCGGCGGCGGCCGCGGCAGAACCUGCAGUGGCGCCGCCGCCAGGUGCAGCAGAAGCCGAGGCAGGGGCUGGGCCGCUGGCGCCAGGAGGCGCGGCCGAGCCCGAGGCGGCAGCGGUUGAGGCGGCAGCGCCUUCAGCAUCACACGCUCCAGCAGCAGAGGUGGAGGCAGCAGAUGAUCUGGAGGAGGCUGUGGCAGCCGGGGAGGAGCAGGCGGCGCCUGCAGCCAUCUCACCAGCAGACGUGGCCGCUGAUCCAGCGCAACCGAGCCGGGCGCACGCGACGGCGGUGCAGCUGCCUGCUGCCGCCGCGGAGCCAUCUGCUGCACCGCAGCCGCCGCACGAGCAGCAGCGGGAGCCUUUGCCCGAGCAGCGCCAGCACGCGGCCAUCCCGGCUCAAGCAGAGGAGCAGCAGGCGGCAGCCGACAAGGGGCCACCUCAGCAGCAGCAGCAGGCAGCUCCAGAAAUCGAAGCCAUGCUGGAGCGGCAGCAGCAUGGGCCAAUGGAGGAGCAGGGCGCAGUCCCUGCAGAGCCCGCAGCUGCCGUGCUGGCAGCGGAUGGCGGCGAGUGGCGCCUGGGAGGCCCGUCUGCUGCUGCUGCCGUCGGGGCUGGUGGAGAUGCUGCCGCCGAGGCUCCCCAGUGUGGCGAGCAGCCGCCGCCCGCGCUGCAGGAUCAGAAGCCCUUGCCCGCAGCGCCCGAGGCAGCGCCCGCCGCUGCCGGCGUGGCGGCAGAGGGCGACGGCGUGGGGCCAGGAUUCAACGUUGCCGACCUGCUGGCCUAG